AUGACCGGCGCCGGCGACGCGACGGUGGCCGCGGUGGUGGUCCUGGCCGCGCUAGCGGCGUUGGCUGCGGCGGGGACGGGGAGAGCUCGGGGCACCGAGGAGGAGAGGGGCAACAGGACGGCGGGCCGCAGGGAGGUCACGUACGAUGGCAGGGCCCUGAUCCUGGACGGCGCCAGGAGGAUGCUCUUCUCCGGCGACAUGCACUACCCUCGGAGCACCCCUGAGAUGUGGCCGGACCUCAUAGCAAAAGCCAAGAAAGGUGGCCUUGAUGUUAUUCAAACAUACGUCUUCUGGAACGCUCAUGAACCUGUUCAGGGCCAGUAUAACUUCGAGGGAAGAUAUGAUCUGGUGAAAUUCAUCAGAGAAAUCCAUGCUCAAGGUCUCUAUGUAAGUCUCAGGCUUGGUCCCUUCGUCGAGUCGGAGUGGAAAUACGGAGGCUUACCGUUUUGGUUACGUGGCAUCCCAAACAUUACCUUCAGAUGUGACAAUGAAGCCUUCAAGAGGCAUAUGCAAAAAUUUGUCACAAAAAUCGUAAACCUGAUGAAGGAUGAAAGACUAUUCUACCCACAAGGAGGCCCCAUAAUCAUAUCACAAAUUGAGAAUGAAUAUAAGCUGGUCGAGGCUGCAUUCCAUUCAAAAGGGCCACCUUAUGUUCGCUGGGCAGCGGCAAUGGCAGUAAAUCUGCAGACAGGUGUUCCCUGGAUGAUGUGUAAGCAGGAUGAUGCCCCAGAUCCAAUUAUCAAUACCUGCAACGGGCUCAUCUGUGGGGAAACAUUUCUAGGGCCAAAUUCGCCGAACAAGCCAGCUUUAUGGACAGAAAACUGGACAUCUCGCUAUCCUGUAUAUGGUCAGGAUCGAAGGUCUAGAUCAGCAGCAGACCUUGCAUUUGCAGUAGCACUGUUUAUACUGAGAAAGAAAGGAAGCUUUGUAAACUACUACAUGUACCAUGGUGGAACAAACUUUGGAAGGUUUGCAUCUUCCUAUGUAACAACAAGCUAUUAUGAUGGAGCUCCUCUCGAUGAAUAUGGAUUAAUAUGGCAACCGACAUGGGCUCAUCUCAGAGAACUGCAUGCUGCAGUAAAGCAAUCUGCAGAGCCAUUACUUUGGGGAGCAUAUUCUAAUCAUUCAUUUGGUCAACAGCAAGAGGGGCAUGUCUUUGCAACAGAGUCCGAGUGUGUGGCUUUCCUGGUAAAUUUUGACAAACAUAAGAUAUCAACCAUUCAAUUUGGUGAAGAGGUGUUCCAGCUAGCUCCUAAGUCAAUCAGUAUCCUCUCGCAAUGCAGGGAACUAAUAUUUCAAACAGGCAAGAUAAAUGCUCAACAUGGUUUAAGAACAGCACAAGUAGUGCAGUCUAUAAAUCAUGUUGAUAGGUGGAAAUUUUUUAAAGAACCAAUUCCUACGGUACCAAGCAAAAUGUCACAUGUAGGAAACCAGCUUCACGAGCACCUCUCAACUACAAAAGAUGAAACAGAUUAUCUCUGGUACCUCUCCGCACACAACUACAAACGAAAUGGGAAUGGACAGUUAGUGCUUAAUGUUGAGGCACAUGCACAUAUUUUGCAUGCUUUCAUCAACGAUGAUUAUGUUGGAAGUGUGCACGGGAGUCAUGAUAAACCUGGCAAUAUUGUUCUUAAGGCGCCUAUUUCACUAAGGGAAGGACGAAAUUCCAUAUCACUGCUAUGCGUCAUGGUUGGAUCACCGGAUUCUGGUGCUUAUAUGGAGAGAAGAACCUUUGGAGUCCAGAGAGCGAGCAUAAAACGAAGACAGCAGAAAUCGCAUUCUACAGGCAUCGAACAUUGGAAAAACCAAGUUGGCUUAUCGGGAGAAACAAAUAAAAUCUACACGUCUGAAGGAUCAUCUCAUGCAGAAUGGAGUACGAUUGACAAGUCCAUGCAUCUGCCACUUAUCUGGUAUAAGACAACAUUUGACACACCAUGGGGUAAUGACCCUGUGACACUGAACCUAAGCAGUAUGGGAAAGGGUGAAGUGUGGAUCAAUGGAGAGAGCAUUGGGCGGUACUGGGUCUCCUUCAAAACCCCAAGUGGACAACCUUCUCAAUCCCUGUACCAUAUACCACGAUAUUUUCUGAAGACUGGUGAGAAUCUCCUUGUCCUCAUGGAGGAAAUUGGUGGUGAUCCACGACAGAUAACAGUGAACACAAUGUCCGUUACCAGAAUCUAUAGUAGCGUCAGCGAGACCUCUACCCCAUCCCUCUUGUCACGUGAAAAACAUCCCGCAAUUCACCUCCGGUGCCAGAAAGGCAAACACAUAACAGAUAUUGAGUUUGCAAGCUACGGAAACUCCCAUGAAGACUGCAUAGAGUCUGGAAAGAACUGCCACGGAAGCUGCCAUGCAGAAAUGUCGGAAUUCGUCGUGAAGAAUGCUUGCCUAGGCAGAAGGAAGUGCGUCGUUCCAGUACGGGCACCCAAGUUUGGAGGGGACCCAUGCCCCGGAAUCGAAAAAUCCCUUUCUGUUGUGGCGAUAUGUGGAUAAAGACAAGGG